GCCUAAAGUUAUGAUCUUGUCCGCUUACAUCUUCGACCAUGUUCGGUUCUUGUACUCUUCUUCCAAAAUUUCCUGCUUAUCAACUAGAACCACGCUUUAAAGCAUCACCAAUUGUUAUACUCUGAUGGUUCACGAAAACAUCUCGUACUAGAGCCUAGUACACAUACUUCACAUCAGGAUUAAGGACCAUUCAAGGUUGAGUACAAUGUCGUCGACUUUUCUAUCCUUACCACCUAUCGACACCACCUUGAGGCUGUUUGACCAAGAUGCUGCUCUUCAAACUUCGAGGAGGAUACCGCUGCCGCCCAUUGAUACUGAUAUGCGGCCCCCAAGCCAAGACAUACCAGACGAAGUUAUAGCUUCGGCAGCCGAGGCAGUCGCCGAGGCGCUCGGCGUCUCCCUCAACGAUAUUCCCGAGGCUUAUGUUGCGGCGCUCAGACCUGUGGACGGGGUACGGCGGUCGAGUUCCGUCUAUCUCCCCCCGACCGAGCGAACAUGGACGUCGCCUCUCGCACAAGGAUCCGUGGAGAAACGGUUGAGCAUGGCAGUGGCGGAAACACUUGGUCUCGACAGUAAUCAGGUGCAUCGGGACGAUUCUUUUGUUGAUCUUGGAGGGGAUAAACGUGCUGCGAUAGCGCUCAGAGCGAAGUGCAUGAAAGCGGGGCUAUCAGUCCAGACCAGAGAUAUCCUCAACUCAAAGACUAUCGCCGAGCUGGAGACACAUGUAACUCCGUUCAGUCCUUCACCGCUUACCGGGAGGACGACGGACUUGCUGCCAGCCAGUCUUGUGAGCCCGCUGCGACUCAGUUCACCCCUGGCUCCGGUCGCCGCUUCGAGACAAGCCCUGGUUCAACCGCGCCGCUCUAUAUCGAGCCCCGAAGCUCCGGCACCAAUCGUGCCGAAAGUACACCUGAAGCCAAAGGCAUCCAGGAGGUAUCACAACCAAGUCGAGCAAGUCCUCUCACUCAAUGGAGAUGUCGCGAAGGCUUCCGUGCUCAAACCGAAGGCGGGACUUUUUGAGGGUCAAACCACAGCCUUCUUGACCCUAUCAAGUUGCGUGAUCGAGAGACCUCACAACGACGAAAUCAAGCUCCUCAACGCCUACUAUACCAUUCCGCUGCCUUCAAUCAGAGAGGCGGUUGAGGCCAAGGUACCGCCGACGGUCGUUCCAAAAGUAUGGGUAGUGCUUGAACAGAUGCCAAUGGACGACAACGGAAGAAUCCACCGGCGCAAACUCCAGACCUGGAUUCAGAACGCAAAUGAAGAUCUUUACCAAAAGAUCAUGUCUAUCGAUUCACGCGAUUCUAUCGCCAACCCAACUAGUGACAACGAGAAACGAUUACAGAAGGCCGUUGGAAAGGUGCUGAAUAUGGAAUCAAACAGCGUCAACAUGAAUCAGUCGUUCCAAAGUCUGGGAGGCGACGACACGUCAGCGAUGCAGGUGGUGGUCCGAUGCAAGUCACAAGGGCUGUCGUUUAAAGUUGAAGACGUCCUCCAGGCUAUGUCACUCAGCCACCUUGCUACCAUGGCCACACCGAGUGAAGUCCUCGCCGGAAGGGCGAAUGAAGAGAAUUCCGAAGGAUUCGAUCUCACUCCCAUGCAGCGACUGUACUUCCAUACGCCCAUCGGCCAAAGAGCGCCCCAAAAAGUGGAUAGGAAAGGGCGGCAUCGCUUUAAUCAAAGCAUUUUGCUCCGAUUCAAGAAGUCUGUGGCCGUUGAGGAUGUACGUGCAGCUAUCGAAGCUGUUGUAGGACACCACUCCAUGCUUCGAACACGCUUUCGCAUAAAGCAAGGAUCGUGGUCUCAGUAUACCCUUGCAGAGAUUCCCGCAUCGUAUCACUUUGGACAUCACACUGUGGGGACCAAUACCGAAGUUGGCACGGUUAUCGAGCAGGCACAAGCUAGCAUUGAUAUAGAAAACGGACCAGCAUUUGCCGCGCAUCACUUCCAUACUCAUGACGGCCAUCAAAUGCUAUAUCUUGUUGCUCAUCAUCUCGUUACAGAUUUAAAGUCUUGGCGAAUCAUCGUCGACGAUCUGGAGGAACUUCUCAUGAAUGGUAUCUUGGUUUCAGGGCGCUGUAUCUCAUUUCCGGAGUGGAAUAAUCACCAACGGCAACGACUGGAAAGUUUAGAGUCGGCGACGAAGCUGCCAUUCAAAGUCAGUUCUGCAGAUAUGGAUUACUGGGGAGUCAACACUGCUUCAAACAAGUAUGGAAAUACCACGAGUCUUGGCUUCACCUUAGCACCCGACGUCACUGCAGCACUGGAAGUCAGCAAUCGCGCACUUCGAACCGACUCAUCUGACGUGUUCAUGGCCGCGUUGCUUCUUUCAUUCUCGCAGACAUUCCGAGACCGCCAGAGCCCUACGAUUUGGAAUCAAGAGCAUGAUCGAGCCGUCCUAGAUACAGAGAUCGACCUGUCAGAAACUGUGGGAUGGUUCACAUCCUUGUGUCCAUUAGCCUUGACCAUCAUGCCUUCUGAUGAUGUGUUAAACCUUCUCUGCCGGGUGAAAGAUGCGAGACGUUCCGUGGUAGAACGAGGCGUACCAUUCUUCGCAUCGAACAUGCUGAAUGCAGAAACUGCAGAGUCCUUUGCAUCAUCGUUGUGUCCGAUGGAGAUCAUGUUCACGUUUGCUGGUUCCAUGCAGAGUCUAGAGAACCAAGAAAACCUGUUGGAACAGCUGCCUGUGCCUGGAAGAUCGUUGACUUCUAGUACGUCAGAUAUUGGAGCGGACGUUGGCAGAAUCUCUCUGUUUGAAGUCUCUGCUGCUAUAGAUCAGGGUCAUGCUAAAUUCAAGUUUCUCUACAACCGGGACUCUCGGCAUCAAGAUCUCAUCCAGACAUGGGUGCGCAAUUAUGAGACGCUACUACGGGACGUCAUUCAUCGUCUACAAUACCAGAGUCCCGAACUUUCAAUGGCUGAUAUCCCCUUGGUGGACAUGACAUACGAUGGUUUGGCGAAGCUCAACCGAGAAGUCCUACCUAACCUCGGCAUCGAGAUAUCCAACAUCGAAAAUGUCUACCCUGUUACAGCAAAUCAGCAGAGUCUUUUGAUAAACGAGCCUCUCAAUCCUGGAAGCUCGCGCUCUCAGACUGUAUAUGAGCUCAACACCUUCGGAAGGUUAGUUGACAUCGGUCGUCUUUGCGCAGCGUGGCAGCAGGUCGUCCAAAAGCAUCCUGCUUUGCGGACCGUGUUCUUGGAGAGCGUUUCUCGAUUGGGGCUCUUCGAUCAGAUAGUCCUCCGAAGACAUUCUCCCAACAUGCUUUUCAUUGAGAAUGACCACCCCGAUACCGCGCUAUACUCUAUGGAGAAGCUUACACCAAUCAACCUCAUGAAGGGGACCCCUUGGCAUAGGCUAGUGGUUUGUCAGGCUCCAGGAAAGACGCUUCUGUCUCUUGAAGUCAGCCAAGCGUUAUGUGAUGCUGCAAGCAUCACCAUUCUGUUUAAUGAGCUUGAGGAGGUAUAUUUCAACCAUGCAUUGCCUAGUACGGCAGAUGUCCACUACUCAGACUACCUGCGCUGCUUGAAGACAACACCAGUCAGCACUGAAUUUUGGCGUGAAUUGCUCCAGGGUGUUCAACCAUGUCACUUCCCUAGCUUGGUGUCCAGUUCCUUGGACACAAGAGACUACGAGCAUACCUUUGUCGAUCUGACUGUCUCUUAUGAGCAGCUCGAACUCUUUGCCCAGAAAUACAAGUUGGACGUGUCUGCCGUUCUGCGAGUAGCCUGGGCUCUAGUUUUGCGAGCAUAUGUAGGCUCCGAGUCUGCAUGUUUUGGUUACCAAACUUCAGGGCGUGAUAUUCCGGUGGAUGGACUUGAAGAUGCCGUUGGUUGUUUUUCCACCGAGAUGAUAUGCCGACUUGACGUCCACUCCUCGCAAUUCCUUGCGCAACUACUUCUAGACUCGGAAGAAAUUCACCAGGAAGCCCUCCAUCACCAACACGUGUCUGUCGAUAGCAUCCACCAUGCGCUACAAACGAAGGGCCACCGUCUGUUCAAUACCUGCCUGUCAUUCGGCUAUGAAAGUAUCUCUCGAGACCCCCCUGCUGGUGCCAAAUUUCGCCACCUGAGAAACAUGCAAGCUUCUGAACAUGACAUUAAUGUUGACGUCGCUUUCAAGAACGGCAGUGUGGUGAUUGAUCUGGGCCACCGAAUCCUUACAUCUGAUCAGGCCACGCAUGUCGGACAAGCAUUUGGUAGAGCAAUAUCAGCGCUCAUGGAGGUUACUGGAGGACAAGUCAAAGAAAUCGACCUCUUCAGCGACCACGAUCACCAGCAAAUCCUGGCGUGGAACAGUCAACCGAAGAUUGUCACGCCAAAGGAGCAUGUACACGAGCUGGUUGCUAAACAUGCCAUUGAACAUCCUGACAUUCAGGCCGUCUGUGCCUGGGACGGUAACUUCAGUUAUGCGGAACUUGACAAAGUUUCUAUGAUCUUGGCUGGCGCCUUAAGCCAAGCUGGGGUCAAGCAUCAAACGCCAGUUCCGAUCAUUAUGGAAAAAACCCGUUGGGCCGUGCCGGCAAUGCUGGCAGUCCUAAACAUCGGUGCUUGUAUCGUACCAGUUGAUGCUUCAUUGCCCUCCAUAUUUACGUGGGUCAUCAAGAGUGUCGGAGCAAAGGUUGCAAUAGCAUCUGAAAGCGUAAGGCAACAUCUCAAGGAUGUGAGUUGCGAUAUCAUCUUCGUCGACGAUGAGACUAUCGAAUCGCUUCCUGACGAGCCAGCACUGGUCUCCUCGACCAAGACGGACAACGAUGACGUCGCUUGUAUCCUGUUCAAUUCGGAUGUUGUUAAGACUCGCAGGGGCAUUACAUACAGUCAUUGUGCUUUGGCAACUGCCUGCUUGGGCCAAGGGCCGGCUCUGAGAAUCAACCCAUCCAGUCGAGUAAUGCAUUACUCGUCAUACAGUAGCGAUAUUGCUUUGGCAGAAAUCUUCACCACCCUGAUCAAUGGAGCAUGCAUCUGCAUUGGCCAGUCUUCAGAAACGGUCAGCUUCAGUGCUACGGCCCAAAAGAUGAAUGUUAACUGGACAUAUCUUACACCAACUUUAUCUCGCAGGCUCUCGCCAGAGAGCAUGCCUGACAUGGCCAUUGUGUGCUUCCGAACCCAUCAGCUUGAUGAAGAUGUUUAUGCCCAGUGGGCUGGGAAGGCCCGAGUAAUCCUUGCAUAUGGCUCUGCCGAGGCCUGUGUAUUGGGUUUAUCAGCUUCUGAAGUCAAGGAUGCCUACGCGGUUAGAGGCAUCGGUAGUCCUUAUUGCGGAAAUUUCUGGGUUGUGAAUCCCUCCGACAGCAACAAACUAAUGCCUAUUGGCGCUGUUGGUGAACUAGUCAUCUCUUCCCCGACGAUUGCAAUCGGCCACAACUUAGACAAUGGUCCUAUCAGGCUGACCGCCAAGAGCAAGGGUGCUGCAGUUGGCGGUGCUGCACGGCUGCUUAAGACGGGCCAUUAUGUGCGAUAUGUUGAGCAUGGCCAGCUGGAACUGGUUUCGACGCAAUCUGAGAAGGUCAAAAUUGGUGGUGACAUUGUUCAGACCAAUGAAAUUGAACGCAAAUUGCGGAGGUGCCUUGGUCGCAACAUUGAUGUUGCUGUUACGAAGAUUGCCUUCAACUACACUGACAGUGACUCGGCUCCGAUCAUAGCAGCAUUCAUCGAGCUCGACGACGAAUUGUUCCGCGGAGAAGACUUGUCAAGAUUGAGCCCACAGACAAAGGAAAGGCUCUACCUCGCCAAGCAAAUGGCAGGCUUGUCGUUGCGGAGCGCGCUCCCCGACACAUUUGUUCCUGUACGCCAGCUUCCAUUGACGCCUUCGUUUGAAGUGAGCCACCGCGACCUCCAGAAGAUGAUCAGGGGUCUUUCAAAAACACAGCUUCUGGGAUUAGCUCAAGUACCCAACCCUCAAGAGGUACAAGCCGCUGGGAUUGAGCCUCUUCCAUUAACACAGACCGAAGAGCGCAUGCGGACCCUCUGGCAAGAUGUCCUCGGACUUUAUUCUUCCUCGAUCAGAGCCAACGACGGAUUCAUGAGCCUAGGGGGCGAUAUCAAUUUGGCUCAUGACCUGGUUGUUGCCUGCCGAGAGCAAAAGGUUUCAAUCUCAAUCUUAGAUGUCGUCCGAGAUAUGUCCCUUGCCGAACUGUGUCGGGGCAUCACGAUGCCGGAUACUCCAGUCUACCACGCCCAGCAGAGCAGAUACAUGCAACCUAGUCCAUCGAACGCUUUUGUUGACGACGCUAUCGUGCCACAGAUUGGCGACCGUGACAGCAUCGAGGAUAUCGCUGAAGCUUCUGCAACCCAGACCAUGUUCCUGGAGGGCAUGCUCAAAAACCCUCCUGGCAAUGUCAAUUACUUCCUCAUCAAUGUGAGCGGACCUCUCGACUGGGGUAAGCUCGAGAAUGCUUGCUAUCUUCUCACAAUGGCGCACCCCAUUUUGAGAACUGCAUUCGUUUCGCACAACCGACAGCUAUUUCAAACAGUGAUUAGGACUUACCAUCCUGAGUUUCAGCGUUACCAAUCAAAUAGCUGGCGUCUUGGCGGCCUGGCCACGAAGGUUGUGAAGAGAGACCAAAUGAUGCCCGUCGACUUUCGGCAACCGGCAACCAAGUUUUGGUACCUAGAUGCGUAUAAACAAUCAGUUCUCAUCAUGAGGCUUUCCCGCGCACAAUACAAUGACCUCACUUUACCCAUACUCAUCUCAGAUCUAUCCCGGUUCUACGAGCAGGCCGAUCCACCCACCCCAAGACCGGGAUUCUGCGACGUCGUUCGGGCCACCCAGGGCUAUUCUCAGAUCGAUGCCAUCGACUACUGGAAAACAUUACUCGAUGGUUGUUCCAUGACCGAAGUAGUGGCCAAGAACGGUCCCGAAAUACCAACGUCUAAGCUCGACUCCAAGACUGUGUACCAGGUGAUCCCUACCGGAUCUUUGAACAAUUUGGGCAUACCCUUCGAGACCAUCCUGAAGGGCGCCUGGUCUAUCGUCCUCUCUAACCUUUCUGAUUCAGAAGACGUAGUGUUCGGCGAGUCAAGGACAGGGUCUUUCCCAGGCUUGACUGACGCUGUCGGUCCUAAUGGUAACAUCAUCCCAGUGCGCACACAGAUUCCUAUGGUUCCAACAUCGCCGCUUGAAUUUCUUAGAAGUGUACAGAAUCAGCACAUCGCGAGCACGAGCAUCGAUCAUGAGAAUAUGCAGUGGUCUGAUAUUGUGAAGAAAUGCACGAAAUGGCCAGCGUGGAAGAGGUUCUCCACAGUGGUCCAACAUCAGAAUCAGGGCGAGCGUGACGCAAUGAUAAAUUUUACCAUUGGUAAUGCGGCCUGCAAGUUGAACUGCAUCGAGUCCAACCACCAAAACACGGAUGUUUUUGUCAGGUCCAUGACUUCGGGCUCUUCGCACGUCAACAUCUCACUCACCUUUUCUGAGAAGAAGAUACAUCCUUUCUUCGCGCAGGAAGUUCUUUCGAUGCUUUGUUCAACUAUUUCGCUACUCACUUCGGCCUUCAUCAUGGAGCCCAUCUCUCUCAAAGGUCUUCACGACAACUCGACCACUCCACGGAUCCCACUACCCGCAGUGAAGCGCGAGGUCCAGUUUGCAACGCCAGUGGUAUCCGUUUCACCAGAUAAUGCAAGCGCCAUCCAUGCCGUCAUUUCAGCUGGCUGGGAUGGUAUACUUGGUGCACUAGGGAUGGCCGAAGAUAUGCGCUCCAUUCCCUUCUAUGAGUUCACAUCAUCAUUGGUACCUGCAGCAGAACUUGCUCGUUACUACACUGAUAGCAUGCCCCGACUAAAUCUUCCUGGUCUGGUGCAUGCGACAUUCUCUCUCGAGGACAUACUUGAGAAUCCCACCAUGAUGAAACAAUACGAGAUGAUUAUUUCAAGGCAACAGGGUCCUCAACUGAGGAGAAGUCAAAGCUUUGUACACACUGUGAAGCGGCGUCUCACAGUGACAGGAGGACGUAUCUCGCCCAGCCCCACCCAAUCACCGAGGAGGAUCAGGGGAAGUAGCGAGGGUAGCUCCAUGGAAACAAUGACCAAUGGUAGCAGCCAGAGCGACGAAGAGCAUUAUGACGAAGUUCCACCUUUGAUGUCGACGCCCCAACGGAAGGCAACUGGGGCGAAGGCUUUUGAGAUGAAGAAAAAGAGGUCCUCCAUGUUACUUGGAAAGAUGAAAUUGAGCUCGGCUGCAGCUUAAGGGUAAACCGCAGGAAUGGCUCCACAAGUCGCUUACUUGAUUUUUUUAAUGAUUCUGUUUAUAUAAAAUGCCGAGCUAUUGACGAUCUCAUGGCUAUAUUGUAUUAUAGAAGAUACCCCAGAUAUGUAAUCGUAUGUUGCUCAAGUUACUCCUUUAAGCUUU